AUGGCCUCUCUUGAAGGAUACAACGUCGCCAUCACGGGAGGUGGAUCUGGUAUUGGACUCGCCACGACGGUCGAGCUGUGUAGUCGAGGAGCCACGGUGUGGAUUGCCGAGUUGACACAGAAUGUUCCCGCGAAGCUCGAGUCCUUGGUUCAGGCCAAGAAAGUAUUUUUCUACGGAGGCGUCGACGUGGCCAGCCGGGACGCCUGUGUCAAGUUCCUGGACGAAGUCGUGGCGAAGGCCGGCGGCCGGCUCGACUGCCUCGUGAACAACGCAGGCAUAGGCCCCGCCGAGGGACCGAUCGCGACCGACGAGACGUUUGACAAGAUCGUCGACGUGAAUAUGCGCGGCACGUGGAACUAUGGCACGCAGGCCCUGCGGAUCAUGGAGAAGCAGGAACCAAAGGGGCCGUGGGGAACCAGGGGCACCAUCGUCAACGUCGCCAGCAUGUCGGGGCUUUUCGGCCACAACAGUCUGGCUGUGUACACGGCGACGAAGCACGCCAGUGUCGGGCUCGUCAAGGCGUGGAGCAAGGAUUUUGCCCCGCUCGGGAUACGGAUCAAUGCCGUCGCGCCGUCGGUGACCGAGACCGAAGGUGUCAAGAUAUGGUUCGCCCAGAGGAAAAAGGACUUUGACGAAGACAUCAAGCCACCCCCGGCAGGACGCUUCGCACAGCCCUCGGAAAUUGCAAAGGUCAUUGCCUUCCUCCUGGGUGAGGACUCGAGUUACAUCAACGGACAGACGAUUCCGAUUAAUGGUGGUGCGGUGUGA